AUGAGCUUGUUUAUUAAAUAUACUCUAGAACAAUUCAAAACAAAAUUAAUUUUAGAUAAUCAAAAUAUUGGAGAAUAUGGCCCAGCAAAAUAUUUAAAUCCAGAAUUACUUCAAAAUUUAAUAUUUUCUGAGGAGAAUGAAGAUAAUUUUAAUUAUGAAAUAUUUGAAUUAAUUGAAUUAAAUAAAGAAAAUAAUAAAAAUAUGAAUGAAAUAAUUAAAAAAUUAAAAAAUAUAUUAAAUAAAUGGGCAGAGAUAUUUGAAGCUGAUUAUGAAUUUUUGAUUGGGGGAUCUUUAAUGUUGGAAGUAAAUACAAAAAAUUCUGAUAUUGACGCUAUUUAUGUUGUUAGAAAGAAUACUGAAUAUUUUUGGGAUGAAGAAAAUUUAAAGAAUGAUGGAACAAAACAAUUAGAAAGUAGAGCUACACAAUUUUUUGGACGCUUAACUUCAAAAUGUUUGGAUAAUAAAGAGAAAAAUUGUUCUGAUCAGUCUUUUUACUGUCAUUUAUGUUUACAGGUAGAAUAA